UGCCCGCGGGCACCGCGCGGACUCUACAGUCGGUAUCCCGCUGCAGGCUCUAGACCCUGCCGCCUCUCGGGAGGAGGCCAUGCCGCGCUCCUUCCUGGUGAAAACGCACUCCAGUCACAGGGUCCCCAACUACGGGAAACUGGAAACACAGAGAGAAGCUAAUGGCUCCUGCUCUGCCUGUGAGGACCUGGUGGGAUCCUGCCAUCUGCCAGCCAAGGAGGCCCAUUCCACUCCCACUGACCCUCUACUGCCCCGGGACAGCACCUCUGCCAUCGCCUGCAUCUCCCUACCUCUUCAGCUGCGUCAUGGGGCCUCUGGGCCAGAAGCGCAGGAAACCAGCUGGGUGGGCCCUCGGGCUGGCCAGGACCCCAGUGUGCCCCUCAAAGACAGCUUCAAUCUGCCCCCGCUGUUGGCGCUGCCCACACGGUGGCCCCCAAUCCUGGGCCCAGAUGGAGCUCUAGGUGAACAUCUAAGGGCUGAGGGAACAUCCCGAGUCCCAGGUAGCUUUGAGUGUGUCCACUGCCACAGGCCCUAUCACACACUGGCCGGCCUGGCCAGGCACCAGCAGCUGCACUGCCACCUGCCGACUGGGCGUGCCUUCACCUGCAGGUACUGUGACAAGGAGUAUGCCAGCCUGGGUGCCCUCAAGAUGCAUAUCCGCACCCACACGCUGCCCUGCAUCUGCAAGGUGUGUGGCAAGGCCUUCUCCAGGCCCUGGCUGCUCCAGGGCCACAUCCGCACCCAUACAGGGGAGAAGCCCUACACUUGUCCUCACUGCAGCAGGGCUUUUGCUGACCGCUCCAACCUGCGUGCUCAUCUGCAGACUCAUGCUGGUACCAAGAAGUACCGCUGUGCUGUCUGCUCCAAGGCCUUCUCCCGCAUGUCUCUCUUGGCGCGGCAUGAGGAAGCUGGCUGCUGUCCUGGCCCCUAAGAAGCACAGCAGGGUGAAGGGGCCAAGUCUGACAAGUCUCAGUGCUCCUAUGUCAUCUAGGACAAUCAGAGGAGGCAGGGACAAGCCCACUGAUGCCUGUGUCCUGCCAGAGCCCAGUAGAGCCUUUAGGCACCUUUCCACAAGGCCUCUGUUCAGAGGAGACUUAUCACCACAAGGCUCACCAAAAUAAGAACCAAUGGUUGCAUUUUCAGCUUGGCCUGUCUGCUGGACCUAUUCCAAAAAGGAGAGACUGUUGGGAAAUGGCUAACAUUGGACAAACCCCACCCCAGCACCUGGGUACCUCUGUGUGCGAUUUAAAAUGCCCACUUUCACUUGAGGGGGUACAAUGUGUGGAUACCCUUGAAAGGCACAGCUACCUCUCAGCCUGCCUCACUGGCCUUUACCUUAGGGUUGGAGUCGCAUUUUCUCCUGCCCCUUGUGUCCACACAUAUGUGUACAUGUGAUCACACAUAUGCCCUGGCUCCUCCCCUUCAGAUGAGGCAGGGCCAGGGAGGAUUGGGCUGAAGCCGUGUCCCACCUCAUCUGUCCUCAGCCAGCGCUGUCAUCCUGCUGGCCUCAGUGGCUGGUUAACAGCUCAGGAGAGCAGCUGUGGCGUAAUAAAGAGCCCCCAUACUCACGACUCCUGUCUCAAGCUUUGAGAUCUUGAGUCUUUACCAAGCCCCUGGAUCUGUGGAGGAGGCAGAGUUCUCCAAGGGCAGCAGGAUUCCAGAUAACCUGGACCCUUCUGGGCACCAAGCAGGCAGGAGACCGAGUGAGGGCAUUUCUGAGCCCCAUGAGCAGGUGAGCCUGGGGCUUCACUGGAAGAAAUGAAACCUAGGAGAGAAGCUGCAUGACGUGCUUGGAGGAGUGGUGAUGAGGGCACCACUAGCGCCAGGAAUUAGGGCCCAUGAGGAUUUUUGGACAGGACCAAAGCUGAGAACUGGUAGGGUGGCUAAGGCAGCUGAAUAGUAUCCCAAGCCCAGGAGAGAGCAGGAUUUGGUUCUUCUAAUAGAUCUGACUGACUCUAGUUGGCAUUUGGACAGAGAAAGGAGACCCACAGAGUCCACCAGGGAGAAUUCUUGACACAUUUUUAGGUACGAAUCUAUCGGCCACUCCACUUCUGGUGUAGAAGGAGGGCUGUGAGUCAGCCACAUUUGUCCAGGCCCAGUAGCAAAGGUUCCCAGCUUCUGAACUUCUGGGAGCUGGCUAACCCUCCAGCCAGCUGGUGGAGGUUCUUUUGUGGGAAAGCAAACACCCAGGAGAGCCCAUGGGCCAGGUACCUUAGCCUCUGGUUUUUCAGCUGCUUCAGGCUAGACUUGGUAGUAGGUAUCUAGCUGUGGUUUGCUUCUGUGAUGCCAGCCCUCUAAACGGCCUUAGGGAUCUCUCAGAGGAAGCUUGACCUAUUGGUUUGGACAAACUCAGUGUACAGCCCACACUGGCCUUGAGCUCACAGCAGUCUUCCUACCUCAGCCUCCUCAGUUCCAGGAUAUAGGCACGAGCACCAUACCUGGCUUAGAAGCUUGACCUUGAGCUUCGGCUUCAAGACCAGGAGGAAGGACUGCAAAUGCAAAAACACCACACCCCACUCCUUCGAGGUGCCGACUGCACCACACCUAUAGAGGGACGUGCUUUUGAGACAGACACAUUCAUGUUCUCCAACCAAGACCACUGCCUCCCUACACGGGAGGUAGGAAGUGAGCUUGAGGGUACCCUCUGCAUGGAAAUGAACCCACAAAAAGUCCCAAUUCAAGGUGACCUUCAAGUCAGGGGGUGGAUGUGGUCCUUGGUUUGUAGGAUUUCCUCCAUUUCCUCCUCAGCCAUCACAUUGGGUUCCUGUGGGUCUCUCCAGAGUGACCUCAUCUUAGCAGCCGAAAAGAUGCACUUCUAAGGUCACCUCCUAAGGUUCUUCUAUGGGUGAGGAUUUUGACAUGGAAUUGCGGUAGGGAACUACUGUCCAGCCCAAACAUCCAAGAACACGUGGUUUGCGAAGUCACCCUCCCUGGUCCUCACUCUUAGAACAAGGCAAGGGGGUCUGACGAUCUCUUCUUGAAACCUAUACAGGAUAUAGUCAGUUAUCUGAAAGAGUGUCAAAGGUUGUGGGCAAGAAACCCCUUCUCUCCCCUCCCCCACCUCUUCAUCCCUGUCAAAGCAAAGGAAGGAGUCUUGUCCCUAAAUGUCUGGUCCUUCUGCAAGCAGGUCAAGAUUGCCCAGGCAGAGGGGCCCUUAGAACCCCAACCAACAUGAGCCUGGGUUUCUCACAGGAAUGUUCUUUUAAAAUAGCAUCCAGAUGCCCAGAGGAAGCUAUAUUGUAGAUUGUGUUCUAUUUCUGGUUCCUCGUGUCUAAAUGGGGCUGCCGCACCUGUCGAGUAUGAAGCAGGGAAUCUCACAGCCCAAAAUAAAGUGGAAUGUUUCCCCCCUUUGGUUCCAGCCCAUGGAAAA